AAUUGUCCAAACUUUUCAACUCCAACGGCUACUUUUCUUGCCACCCUCAAUUUAAGUCCCUCCGUUUAUUAAAAAAACAAACAAAAAAAAAACCCAUCACUUUCCCUCCGCCGCACAAACUCCGAUGCCUCUCAUCUCCUGCGACGGCGCUCCGCCGCCACUGCUAAUGGUGGUGGAGUAUCUGGAAUCUUCCAUGGCAAGCGAGCUCCUCUACAAGUUCCCCGACAACUCCGCCUUCGAUUUCAACUACGCCCAGAGCUCCAUCUGGUCCCCUCUCCUCCCCCGCCCCCCGCCGCCCCCCGCCGCGGACGGCGGCGUUUCAAGAAAGCUCACCUACGACGUGGGCUUGCUCGAAAACACCAAGAAGAUUGCUGCGAGAAUCAAGAGGAAAUUCACCGACGCUGUGCUCAGCAACGUCGGCGGAUGCACCAAGAUGAAGCGGCGGCGGAGGAAGUCUAUCGGGUUUUCUCCGGUGGCGCCGCCGUGGCGCCGCCCCUCCGUCUCCUCCGCGAGUCCUAAGGGAUGGGCCAAAGCGAUGAAGGGUGCAACUAAGCAUUUUAAGAAGAGGAAGAGCAUGAAGAAAAAUUCGAAUUUGGAUUUUGAUUUUUCUUAAUCUCUUGACAGAUUCUUGAAUCUUGAUCUUACUUAGAUCAAAUUUGCUUUCUGUUGUUUCUUGGUAUUAAUGUUAUUUUUUUAAGAUUUGAGAUGUUUGAUCGUGAUUGAAACAUUUGAUUACAAUGCAUAUGGAUUUUUAAUUUAUUGUA